CGGAGAACAGUAAUUUAUCAGCAUAAUUGACUAUUUAUUGACCACAUGUAAAGGUGUCGUUUCGGGCACCCUGCCCAUGCCUAAGCCAUGUCUGAUAGCAGCGGUGACACUCCUGACUGGUUACGGCAACAUAAAGAGACCCCUAACAAGAUCUUCUUAGCCAGCAGCAGCGAUGACGAUGAUGACCUGCCGCUAAUUCGGCGUGGCACGGCGGCAGGAACAGCCAAUCCAGGUGCCGGAACCAGCCAAGCACGCCCAACGACUCAACCAGCUAACCAGCAGCAGCAGGAGGACACGACCCAUAAGGAUGCGACCAAGCCAAGCGACCCCGCUAGCAGGGACGAUGAACGGAAGGACGAACAGCCCUUGGGAUCCCAGCUGACCGCCAGCCAAGCCCCAACACCAGCCAAGCGACCAGCACAAAAACAAGCUGGUGGCGUUGGUCCAUCUAUUGCCGCGCAUCUGGGUGUAGGCGAAGUUGGAAGGGUGCCCAUCAUGCUGCCGGAGAAGCUCAACCGCAACAAGGUGCUGGUGGAGCUGCCUGCCUCCGGGGAGCCUCACGGCGCAGCGGACCUGAGCGGGGAUGCGGGUGCAGUGGGGCGGAUCAUCGUGAUGCAGGGGGCCGGGGCCGCGGGCAACAAGGCAGCAGCGGCAGCAAGCGGCGGCGUGUGUCCUCACCUUGGGGGUCUACUGGAGGGCAGUCAGCAGCUGCUGCAGGUCGACCUCAAGGGGGUGGUAUACAACGCCUGGGUGCUGCCGCUGGCCGCGACCGCAAUGGUGCUCAACAUAGGUCCCACGGAGGCCAAGGUCGAGGCGCUGUUUAACGAUUUUGUACGGCUGCGGGAAGCGCAAGAUCAGUACGGCAACGAUGGUGACGACAGCGCGGGCCUUGCGUAUUUGCUUGACGGUGACGGAGAUGAUGAGAACUACCAAAUAGGCGACGAAGAGGAGGCGGCGCCUGGGGCGGCGGCAGCUGGCAGCGGAGCGAAGGGCUCCAAGGCCGCCGCCAAGGCCGCAGCCAAGCCCAGGAAGAAGGCGGCAGCCUCAUCUGCUGCAGGAACCUCGAAGGCAGCGGGUGCGGGUGCGGGUGCAAAGGCAGGGAAGGCGGCUGCAAAGAAACCGGCUGCUAAGGCGGGGACAAAGGCGGCAGGAGGAGGUGCAGGGAAGCCGAACCUGGGUGUAAAGGGAGGCGGAGUAGCGAAGAAGACGGCAGCAGGGAAGGGUGCCGGUGGAGCGGCGGCCGCGAAGAAGAAGCCGGCUGCUGCUGCUGCGAAGCCAAAGGCUAAGCCAAAGGCCAAGUCUUAGGCGGAGAGCUGAGAGGCAACGAGGCAGCUGUGAGCAGUACAGCGACACGGGGGGAGUGUGCAGGGUAGCAGGCGUGUUACAGUGCGGAUUAGUGAGACGGCAUGUAUGAUGCAAUGUGAAUUGUGGGAUGAGUAAUUGUGUGGCAUGGGUUUUGUUGCAUGUGCAAAGGAACAUGGAUGACGGCAUUCAUGGCCAACGAAUGGUGGAUUCAUCCCUUUCCAAGACUUACUGUUCAGGAAGUGUGAGGCGUGGGGUCCUGAACCACUCGCUGCAUCUAAACUGUCCAAGCCUCUUCAUAAAAAUAGGGCAGCAGGCGUCUUACUCUUGAUUACAGUCAAAGCCGCUUCUGCGCGAAGCAUUGCAUUUGCGUCCUGUUUCCUCCUCUGUCCACACAAUCCAAUGUCCGUACAAUUGCUGUACGGCAAGGCACGGCCGAACCCACAGCCAGCACCCGUACAGCAGCCAGGCGACCCAGCU